UUGUAAGUCGUGUGUCCCAGAGAUAAAGGACACCACAUAAAAUGGCUUGUGGAGGGGAACCUGCAGCACCCAGCAACCAGCACCAUGUUUGGAGUGCUUCUCGCUGUGUUGACUCUGGCACCUGCAGCCCUUGGCUGCGGGGUUCCUGCCUACCCACCUAUCGUGUCAAGAGUUGUUGGAGGGGAAAAUGCAAGACCCUACAGCUGGCCCUGGCAGGCCUCCCUGCAAUACUAUUCCAAUGGCAAGUGGCGUCACACCUGUGGGGGAACCCUCAUUGCAACCAACUGGGUGAUGACAGCUGCCCACUGACUCAGUUCUACUCUGACAUAUCGAGUGUUUCUUGGGAAGUACGACCUGGCAGCUGAGGAAGAAGGGUCAGUUGCAGUUUCUCCAGAGAAGAUUGUUGUCAAUGAGAACUGGGAUCCACAGAAUGUUGCCAAUGGGUAUGACAUUGCUCUGAUCAGCUCUCCGAGCCCGUCCCCUUGGGUGCCCAGAUCCAGCUGGCUGUCUGCCCCCUGCCCAGAGCAUCCUGGCCUCCAACACUGCCUGCUACGUGACAGGCUGGGGGAGACCUUGCAGACAAAUGGGCCUCUUCCUGACGACCUGCAGCAAGGCCUUCUGCUGGUGGUGGAUUAUGAAACUUGUUCCCGGCCUUCCUGGUGGGGAACAAUAGUGAAACCCAACAUGGUCUGUGCUGGUGGGGAUGGAAUCAUCUCCAGCUGUAACGGGGACUCUGGUGGCCCGCUGAACUGCCAAGGGGCGAUGGCAGGUGGGAGGUGCACUGGCAUCGUCAGCUUUGGUUCUUCCCUGGGCUGCAACUACUACACAAGCCCUCUGUCUUCACAGGGUCUCUGCCUCAUCAGCUGGAUCGAGAAGGUUAUAGAAAACAACUAAUCCAAAGAGAACAGGAUGAGAGACACCAAGAAGGAAAACAGUUUGAAUAAAAUUGUAACCACGACACCUUUGGUCACAAAGAACCGGGAAAUGACGCUUUUAACAACACAAGCAUUAAACCCAACGGGAAUGCAAUAAACAGUACUUUUUGCAAGAU